CACCCAGCUCCUUCUGGCGCGGGCAAACGACCUCUUGUCUUUGCUCUCCUUCAUCCGUCUCCUCCCCCCUGAACCUUUACAACUUUCUCUGUCGACAAUGAUGCAUCGCCAGGUGCUUUGAAAGCAACCCGCCCGCCCGUCGCAGGUUCUCUCUCGACCCAGGGGUGAACGUGAACAUCCGUUCCGCUCCGCUCCCUCCGUGGAUCUGCCAGCUUCCGUCGUCCGCCUCAUCGCUCUCCGAGACUUGCGAGCCUUUGUGUUCUCGAACUUGUCCGACCAGAAACCCUCCGAAACCCUCACCCAAUCUCCGUCCACAACACACCACUAACAUGUCGAGUUCUGCCUCUGGCGACUCGGGCGCUGGUGGCCGGUCAAUGGAGUCACGAGUGGGUAGAAGCAAGCAACGUUACAACACCAAGGGUGAACGUCUCGUCGCUGGCAUCGUGCCCCUCACACCCGAUCAGAACUAUGUGCUGUUGAUCCAGUCCACCCGGCGAAAAGGUUGGGUCUUGCCCAAGGGCGGCUGGGAAUCGGACGAGACGUGCCAAGAGGCUGCCGAGCGAGAGGCUUGGGAAGAAGCCGGCAUCACCGUCCAGAUCAGCUACGACCUUGGCGACAUCGAUGAGAAGCGCGCGCCCAAGUCAUCAAAAGAUCGGUCAAGAUACCAUUUCUUCGAGGGCGUCGUCACUGGCGAGUACGACGACUGGCCCGAGAGUCACAAGCGCGAACGCCAGUGGUUCUCAUUUACUCAGGCCUGGGAAGCCUUGUCAACAAGACCAGAGCUGCAGGAGGCUUUGGAACGGUCUACUAUGAGCCGGACAUAGCCUCACGGCACGCCCUCUCACGAUCAGCUCUGGCCUCUGCAGGCGAUUGACCAUCGUCGACAGCUUGUCACUUGAUGCACAGCUCACGCUGGAACCUACCACGGCGCUUGUUGCAUGAAUGGCGAGAAGUGAGUGAGCCGGUUCUGAAAAGGAACCAGGCUUCUCCGCCAACUCAGCAUCAUGAGAGGGAAGAACACAUGUUGACAACGGCUCUUGACAUGUGUUUUCAUCCUCAAAUCUCCUCUUUUCCUUGCUCUCUCUAUUUGCAGAGAUGAUACAACGUGCAUCCAUCCAAAGGCGUUCGGUGGAUUAUGAUAGAGUCUUUUUACGCAACCAAGAAUUCAGGCGGGACGGUUUACCUGAGCGGCAUAUUACGGUGCAUACAUCAAGACGAGAGGGACAUUAUUUUGUUUUGACUCUUGACGAGGUCCGGGAGAAAAAAACAACAAGGGGUUGGUUGGCUGCUCUUGGAUUUCUUGCCUUUUUUCUUCUUUGAACGGAGUCUCCCAGGACACACCAAACAUGGGAAGGGACAGGCAAAGGCAAAGGCAGCGAACGGUGCACCAGAUAUCCAUCCGGCUAGAAAGAGAAGCCCCAUUAACUCACUCGCCUAUUGCGGUAGAGUUGAGUUGGCGGAAAAAAAUAGACGUGGCGAUUUCUCUC